GGACUCCUCGUAGAGGUGGAGCUGCCCAGUAUAAGCCACUGCUCAGCACAGCUACGCAACGCAAACAAAAUUAAAUUAAUGCAGGGCCAUAGUUAUUUUUAAAACACAAUACAUAAUAAUAAGCAAAUGAAGAUAUAUGUAUGUACACAUAUACGUAUGUGUGUGAAAUAUAUGUAGAAUAUCAAAUUCAAGUGCAUAAGUGUAUCUCUCUCUAUUGAAAUCUGUGUGAAAGUGAAAAUGAAUUUAAUGUCACAGCUCUUUUUGCCCAUCCUGCUCCUGAGUGCGUUUGCAUUAUGCGCUGCGAAGCCCACCAACACAACCGACGCAGAUAAAACCGCCAACUCGAUAAAAACAGGAUUUUUACAGCAACAAAGUGCAAACAACAAUGAAAUCAGUAACAAUGUCAAAGAUGCAGCAAGUGCGGCUGUAAUUGAUGCGGCUGAUAGUAAGCUAAACGAAAUCGAAAGUGAGUACCGCGCUGACUAUGCCAAAAAAAUGUUGACAUACAUGAAUCAGUCCGUUGAGCCCUGCGACGAUUUCUAUGAAUAUGCCUGCGGUAAUUGGAAGAAUGUGAUUCCCGAGCAUCAAUCACAGCACAAGCGUAGCAAUCUAAUCGAUAUUUUCUAUAGCUUGGGAGAGGCCAUACAAACGGUGUUGUUAAAGGAAACGCCGCCCAAUGAGGGUUUCGAGUUUACAGAAGAAUUGAAUUUGGCAAAGCGACUUUAUAAAGAUUGUCUAGCGGCUGAGCUAUAUCCGUUGCGUAAAUCUGAAGUGUACUUGGAGGUUAUAAAGUCGAUUGGUGGUUUCCCCGCCGUCGAUGCGACCUGGAAAGCUGAUAACUUUAGUUGGUUCAAUAUGAGCGCUCAUUUAACGAAUUACGGAGCCAUGGGUUUGAUCAAAGAGGAAAUAAUGCCACAAUAUCCAUUUCCACCAUAUUUCAAAUUACCCGAUUUGGGCUUCGAAUACAUCGUGCACUCGGACAAUAUCAAUACAAAUAGCUCCCAAGAGUUGAAUCAGAAACGUAUGCGAAAUUAUUUGCGUUUGUAUGGUGUUGAAGAUGAGCAGAAAAUUGAGAAGGUCGUAGCCGAUAUUGUUGAGUUUUGGAUGACAACACUUAAUUUAACCCAAACGUUUAGCGAAGAUAUGGCAAAAUGUGAAAUGCUCUCAACGGUAUUGGAAGAAGAUGACUUCGAGCAAUGGGAUAAUUACUUAGAAAUAGCGUGGAAUGGCACAAAAUUUGAUUUGGAAGAGAGUACUUGGCCAUGUAACUACUUCUACAAUAGGCUAAAUGAAAUAUGUAAUGAACAUAAGGAAGCAGUAGCCAAUUAUCUGGCUUUAAAGUUCAUCUAUCGUAUGGAUUCACGCCUGCAGGAUAAGAAAUAUCAAACAGAACAUUGCAAUCUGAUGAUUCAGCAAGUACUUCCCUAUCUCCUUGACGAAAUCUAUAUGAAGGAAUAUUUCGAUCAAGAAAUUCAUGGAGAAAUUAGCGCGAUUGUCAAUGAGGUUCGAAAGAGCUUACGAGAAUUAUUGGAACAAGCAGAUUGGUUGGAUGAGAAGACACGAGAGCAGGCAUUGCUUAAGGAAGCCGCUAUCAAGACACACAUUGGCAGUUAUACGAAUAAAAAUGUAACAGAUCGUUUAAUAAAACAAAUGCAGCAAUUUUCCUAUGUGGAAGAUAACUACGAAGAAAAUUUGCUGAAUUUAUACAAAUUCAGAACAAAGCAAAGACGUUUUAACGGCUUGUAUCAUAAAGAUUAUGAUAACUUCACAAUGAAACCCUUGGAACUAUUGAAAGGUAUACAAGUGAACUCUUUCUACUACAACGUCGAUAAUUCCAUUUAUGUUAUGGCUGGCAUUUUACAUCCGCCCGCGUACCAUAAGGCUUGGCCAGCAGCGCUUAAAUUUGGCACAAUCGGCUAUUUAGUGGGGCAUGAAUUCACGCACGGAUUUGACUCGGUGGGCGCACACUAUAACAGUGUUGGCGAAGAGAAUUACUGGUGGUCCAGCAAGGCGGGCAAGGUAUUUACGGAGCGGGAGAAGUGCUUUGUCAAGCAAUAUAACGCAUAUGAGAUAUCCGAAAUCAAACGCUUUGUCGAUGGUAAUCAGACAAAAGAUGAAAAUAUUGCCGAUAGUGGCGGCUUGAGGGAAUCCUUGUCUGCGUAUUACAGACACGUCAAAGAACUAAAGUUGACACCAAAAGAUGAACAGAUGCCUGGUUUGGAUCUAACGCCGGAGCAAUUGUAUUUCGUUGGUUUCGCGCAACUUUGGUGUGCGUCCUAUAAGGAGAAGCACUAUUGGGAGGAGUUAACGAAUGAGCACACUGUGGACAAAUUUCGAGUGUUGGGCGCUGUAACGAACAUUGAAGAGUUUAGCGAAGCCUAUAAUUGCCCGGUGGGUAGUAAAAUGAAUCCGGCAGACAAAUGUCGCGUAUGGUAGCAUCGGAAGGAGUUCAGUUUCGCAAUUUUUAUCUCAUAUACUAUAUAUGUAUGCAUAUGUGGUGUGUUUCAGAUCAAAGACGCAUAGUAAAAUCCGAUGUAAUUUUUUUUUUAUUAAAACCAGAUAAAACAACGAAUGAUUGAUGCUAACGAACUGUAAUGUAAAUAAAUGAACUCAAUUGACUUGGCUACAAAUGUAAAAUAAAUCUGGUUUUCAAUGUUGAAGUUGA